AAAGAAAGAAUCUAGUAAACAGAGGACAUGUGUCGGACAAAAUUAUUUUCAGCUUUAAACUUAUCACCGGGUUGUUUUAUAAAUAGAUUUUUGACAUCAAAAUGUUAUCUAUCAGUUGGUCGACGACUGUCUUCUUUCCACCAAGGAAAUGUUUUAAUUCAUGAUACAUAUUUGACACAUAAAAAUCAAUGUUUCAUCAAACGUCGUCUGCUACAAAAUACUUCACUACUACUACUAGACCAUAAAACUGGAAAGUUAUUACCAAAUCUUCCUAUUGUCAAUAUCAAAAGAUUUGUAUCUCACCAGCAAACGACUGAUCAGAAUAGGAAAAGAAUUUUGACUUAUGCAACAUAUUUUUCAUGUGCAAUUGGGGCUGUUUUAUUGACAGUUGUUGGUGCAAAGGAGUAUAAAAAAUUGACAAGAAGAGCACGCGGUAUUGAAAAGAUAGCAGAACCAUUGCUUGGUAGACGUAAAUAUCUGUACAAGUAUAGAGGUUAUAUUUAUGAUGAAUACAUUGUUGACCAUGUUGAUAAGAUUCAUCAUUUUCAGAUACGAGAAGAUGAUGUUUGGGUUCUGUCCUAUCCAAAAGCAGGAACAACAUGGAUGGAAGAAAUUGUAUACUUGAUUAUGAAUGAUUUGGAUAUAGUAAAAGCAAGAAGUAAAAUUAUUGAGGAAAGAAUACCAUUUUUUGAAUAUGCAUAUCCAGGAUUUAAAGCUGUGACUGCUAUGGAAUCGCCAAGAAUUAUCAAAUCUCAUCUGCCUAUGUCAUUUUUACCCAAACAGAUUAAAGAUAAGAAACCAAAGAUUGUCUAUGUUGCAAGAAAUGCUAAAGACACUGUUGUAUCAUUUUACCAUUUCUUUAAGAUGCUAAAACUUAUCAAUUAUUCUGGUAAUCUCAAUGAUUUUGUUGAUGGUUUUUUGGAUGACAAAAUUAUAUAUUCUCCCUGGUCAAAACAUGUUUUAGAAGCCUGGAAAAUUAAAGACGAGGAAAAUAUUUUAUUUAUUAAAUAUGAAGACAUGAAAAAGGAUAUUUCAUCAGUGAUACAACAAUUAUCCCUAUUUUUAAAUAGACCCCUCACAGAUCAACAAAUAAAACUAAUAGUUGAAUGUACCAAAUUUGAUGCCAUGAAAAAUAAUCCAGCAUCUAAUUACUCCUGGAUGAAAGGAUGGGGUAUUAAAGAUGAUAAAGAAUUCCUUAGAAAAGGUAUAAUAGGUGAUUGGAAAAAUGAAUUAACCACUGACCAGAUUGAAAGCAUUGAUAAAAUGGUGGAUACUAAACUAGGAAAUUCAUCUUUGGUUUUUGAAGACAAAUGAUAUAGGUGUUUAUAAUUUCUAAUCUUUAAUGAGAUACAUUUAGUUUGAAUUAUUAAAUAAAUUUUUUAAUGAUU